AUGUCCGUUGAGGUAGAUAGGCUUCCCUGUGAGGGCUCAGCUGAAGAAGCAGUGGUCGAGUUUACCCAUCAAUCAGAGAAGCUGUCCUUCCAGCCGCCAGAUAGCCCGGACAACAAAGGUGUCGCCAUCGAAGCCAUCUUUGUCGCGCCCCAAGAUGCCGUUAUCGUUACAUCGGAUGGAAACCGUCUUCCUGCCGUUCCGGUAACCGAAGCCUACAAGCUUAACGUGUUGAGAGACGAAGCCGAAAGACACGAUGGAGUCAAGGUACACGUUAGGGAAGCCAGUGGCUCGCGCGAUACGUUCAAGGAAACAGAAGAUUCAGAAGGAGACAGAGUCCUCAGUUUUCCCAGCGAAGAGGAUGAGAAGAAGCGCAACACCUCAGACUCGACCGACGGCAACCUCAAGAGGUCGAUGCCUCCUUCUUACACCCACCCUCUGUUCCCGCCCUUACCGCUUUACGGUCCGCCAUCGCGCUGGCGAGACAUCCAAUGUCUGCUGUUUCGCUUCAGCUCAUUCUUCCUCAGUCUGGCAUUCCUGGGCGUCAUUGUCCUGGGCUCCCUUUUCACCAGUAUACCACCUGCAUUUCAACACAUAUGGAAGCGGCUGGGUUCCAAAGAUCCAGAUGCCGACCGGCCAUUUUACCAGGAGGAGAGGCGACGGAAGCAAUUGCGAGAGAAACAACUCCGCCUAUGGAGGCGCAGGAAGUCGGCGCGCCACCUUGACCACCAAGACAGUGAAGACAACGACGAAAGCGAUAGUGACGUCAAGGCCGUGGGCCCCGACCCAAUCGUGUGCGACAUAGGCUUUUAUGCCCGCCGUGUUGGGCUCGACGUUGAGACCCAUCUUGUCGAAACCGAAGAUGGUUUUGUCAUCGAGCUUUGGCAUGUGUACGAUCCCGAAGAAUACACACCACUACCAGAAGAGGAGCGGCGGCACAAGGGACCCGACCUGUUCACAGGCAAAUUCAGGAGGGAACCAGGCCAGACCAAGAACAACAAGAAACCGAAAUUUCCCGUUCUUCUUAUGCAUGGCCUUCUCCAAAGCUCAGGCGCUUACUGCGUCAACGACGAAGACUCGCUUGCCUUCUUCCUCUGCAAAUCGGGCUACGACGUUUGGCUCGGCAACAACCGAUGCGGCUUCAAGCCUCGCCACGUCUUGCUUGAGUACUCGGAUCCGCGCAUGUGGUGCUGGAAUAUCCGGCAGAUGGGCGUCUUUGACCUGGCUGCUUUGACCUCGCGUGUCUUAUACGAGACUGGCUUCGAGAAGAUCGGACUGAUUGCCCACUCUCAGGGCACCACCCAGACAUUUGUCGCCUUAGCCAAAGAACAGCGGCCGGACCUGGGUGAAAAGCUCACCGUGUUUUGCGCCCUCGCCCCGGCGGCGUAUGCUGGUCCCUUGAUCGGCAAGAUGUAUUUCAAGUUCAUGCGCGUCAUCACCCCCGCCAUGUUUCGCAUGCUGUUCGGCAUUCACGCCUUCAUCCCCUUCAUGAUGACGAUGCACUCGCUUCUCCACCCGCGCGUCUACGGCUGGCUCGGGUACAAAGUCUUCUCGUUCUUGUUCAACUGGACCGACCGUCGCUGGGACAGGGACCUCAAGAACAGAAUGUUCCAGUUCGCGCCCGUCUACGUCAGUGCCGAAUCGAUGCGCUGGUGGUUGGGUAGGGAGUGCUUUGCUAAGCACAAGUGUAUCCUGGCCACCAAGGAGGAGUGGAGGGCAGAGGAGAAGGAGGAUCGAGAGCUGGACAAGCUUGACAAGCAAGAGAAGAGCCGGAACGAGAAGAAAGCGAACAAGAUCCUCAAGGCGGCAGAGCGCGAUAUGGAGGGCAAUCAUAAGUCAGAGAAAUCGAAGCAUGCGGCUCGCAGGAUGAGGCCCAAGGGCUCAAGGGCUUGGUACAACCACCAGGCACCGCCCUUCGCCCUUUGGGUAUGCGGAAACGACGCCUUGGUGGACGGAACUAAACUUCUGAGGAGGUUUGACGGCGGACGUGAGCCGCACGUUAAGGUAGUUCACAAGAAGGUCAUCGAGCAGUAUGAGCAUCUGGACGUCAUCUGGGCGAUGGAUGCUGUGGACCAGGUCUUCACGGAGAUCAGAGAGGUGUUGUGGAAGACCUGUAACGCCAGAGAUUUGUGCCGAGUUCCUGAGGGUUGCGAAGACGUGCCCGCUUGGAGUCCGGAUGGACAUGAAGAUACUCGAAAGGAGGUGGAUGACGGGAUGGAGUCGGAUUCCAGCAGUAGCGAUCAAGAUGAGUCUUCAUAG